AUAACUAAUUGUGCUAAGCAGGGAAUGAUACAGCAUUUGGGCUUUCUGGAAGGGAAACUACCAGUGAAGAGCCUUUGUGUGCCGCUCAUAGCUGGGAAGCUAUCUGUCCUGGACUGCCAGCCUAUACUUGAGAAAAUUAAGGCUAGAAUUAAUGGAUGGGCUAUGAAACACUUGUCUUUUGCUGGAAGAGUGCAGCUAGUAAAUGCUGUGCUUUUCCACUUGCAAGUAUUUUGGAGUAGUACUUUUCUGCUGCCUGAUAAAGUUUUGGACCAAAUUGACUCAUGUUGUAGGAAUUUUAUAUGGAAAGGAGCAUGGGACAAGGCUGCAAUGGCCAUGGUUGCAUGGGAAGAUUUAUGCCUUCCUAGAACAGAGGGACGACUGGGACUGAAACAAAUUAAAAUUUGGGAUAAAGCUGCGGUUGGGAAACUGUUACAGGAAUUAUCAACUAUUCCAACUAAUUGCUCAUGGUACCGGAAGAAGAUUAUGAAACUAAGAGAGGAUGUUCAACCUUAUGUUGUUAUGCAGCUUGGGGAUGGAAGGCAAUCAUCUUUGUUUUAUGAUCGGUGGCUUGGAAAUGAACCCCUGGCAGGUGUACUUGGACUAGAUGGUGAUGUGAAUAGUUGGGAGUUAAAUUUGCCAAAUGUGACCAAAAGACAAGCAGUACUUGGGACUCUGGGAGCAGGGGGUGCUUCUUACUAUCUCACGAGGGAAGAAGGAGAGCCACCCACAUCAAAGUCCACCAGUCUCAAGUGGGAACCAUUCGAUGUUACUUGUCACUCAAAAGGGACAUAAUAGAAAGGUACAGGUCAGGUACAACCGUAUAAGAAAAGGUGGCACUCAUUGACUACUUGGUUACCUUCCUUUUCAUUUAGGCAAAAAAACAGGAUACGAUUAA